AUGUCCGUUUACGUUAUCACCGGAGUGUCCAAAGGAAUCGGGUUCGAAUUCCUCAAACAGCUCUCGGAGGACCGGCAGAACCUGGUCAUCGGUCUAGUCCGCGACAAAGCUGCGACCGAGAAGAAGAUAGCAGCAGAGCUGUAUGCCACUCUGAAGCAGGCUGCUGCUGACACGGCCGAAAUCGUUGGCGAGCGUGGCGUCGACUACCUAGUCGCCAACGGGGGUUUAGUGCCCUACUUGGACACCUAUGGACCCAUCGGCGCAUUGAGCGACAAGGUCGAGGAGGUCGAGGCUGUUUCAUCGCAGCUAUUGCAGACAAAUGUCGUCGGCAACAUCCACCUCUUCCACCUCUUCCAUCCUCUUAUCAUGAAAGGUAAGGUCAAGAAGGUCAUUACCAUUUCCAGCGGUAUGGCCGACCUUGACUUGAUUAACGAUUGCGAUGUUGAUAUUGGUGCUUUAUACGCUGCCUCCAAGGCGGCUAUGAACGUCAUCGUGGCCAAGUUCAGCGCCCAAUACAAGAAAGACGGCGUGCUAUUCCUGAGUAUCAGCCCGGGUCUAGUGGAGGUGGGCCUCUACGCGGAUGCCACUCCGGAAGAGCUGCAGGGCAUGUCGGGAUUCGUGGGCAAGCUCGUAACCUAUGCGCCUCACUUUAAGGGCCCAAUCACACCGGAGGAAUCCGUCCGGUAUGUCAGAUUGACUUGGGAGAAGGCCAGUAUCGAGGAUGGGUUUGGUGGUGCGUUUGUCUCGCAUCUUGGAAACAAGCAGUGGGUGUAA